CCGGCGGGGAGCUGGUGCCAGAGGAAGCGGGGGGAGCCCCAGGUCGUGCUCGUUGGCCUGUAAUAUGAACAAUCCUUGGUUGGUCCUGAGGAUGUUCUGAAACACAGCCAGGGAACUGAGAAUGUGGUUGUCUUCUCUCUGCCCACCGAUCAUGGUCAUAUUACAGAGAUUGAAGUAUUGAAUGUUUGGAUCAGGUUGUUUGCUGUAAAGCUCUGCACAAGGCCAGCUGCUGAAGGUUGCUAAUAAGUGGUAUACCCUCCUGUGCCAUUUGAAGAUGGUGAAGCCUGAUCUUCACACUCUGGCCCAUCACCUCAAGCAAGAACGUCUUUAUGUGAACUCUGAAAAGCAAUUGCUUCAACGGUUAAAUGCAGAUGUGCUCAAAACUGCAGAAAAAUUGUACUGUUCAGCAUGGAUUGCAAAGCAACAGCGAAUUAACUUGGACCGUCUAAUACUAACAAGUGUUGAAGCAUCUCCAGCAGAAUGUUGCAAACAUGCAAAAAUCUUGGAGGAUACACAGUUUGUGGAUGGUUACAAACAGCUGGGAUUCCAAGAGACAUUGUACGGUGAAUUUUUAAGUCGGCUUAGAGAAAAUCCAAGACUCGUCGCCUCGUGUCUAGUUGCAGGGGAGAAGCUUAAUCAUGAGAGCACCCACAGUGUCAUCCUUACAGUGUUUACUGCCCUUUAUGGUAACUGCAUUAUGCAGGAAGAUGAGAGUUACCUUCUGCAAGUAUUGCGUUACUUGAUUGAGUUUGAACUGAAAGAAAGUGAUAAUCCACGGCGGUUGCUUCGAAAAGGUGCUUGUACUUUCAGCAUUUUAUUCAAACUUUUUUCAGAGGGGCUGUACUCUGCAAAGCUUUUUCUCACAGCAACCUUGCAUGAACCAAUAAUGCUGCUGCUUGUUGAAGAUGAGGAUCACUUGGAAACUGACCCAAAUAAGCUUAUUGAAAGAUUUACUCCAGCGCAACAGGAGAAACUUUUUGGGGAAAAGGGCACAGAGCAGUUCAGACGGAAGGUGCAGGAGAUGGUAGAGAGUAAUGAAGCAAAGCUGGUAGCUUUGGUGAACAAAUUUAUUGGAUAUCUCAAACAGAAUACUUACUGUUUUCCACAUAGCUUGCGUUGGAUUGUAUCACAAAUGUAUAAAACCUUAUCUUGCAUGGAGGGGCUGGAUAUUGGGGAGGUGAAGGCCAUGUGCACAGAUCUAUUGCUUGCCUACUUCAUUUGCCCUGCAAUCGUGAAUCCAGAACAGUAUGGGAUAAUUUCUGAUGCUCCAAUUAAUGAAGUGGCAAGAUUUAAUUUGAUGCAGGUGGGCCAACUCUUACAGCAGUUAGCAAUGACAGGAAGCGAGGAAGCAGAUCCACGAAUGAAGAACAGCCUUUGCAAAUUUGAUAAAAGUUGUGUUGCAGCUUUCUUAGAUGCCAUUAUUGGAGGCCGUACUGUGGAAACACCUCCCAUGUCCUCAGUGAACUUACUGGAAGGGCUCAGCAGAACUGUGGUCUACAUGACACACAAUCAACUUUUGAACUUGGUUACUUUUGCAAGGCAUGUAAUGCCAGGGGAGUUGCUGAGAGAAGAGGACAGAAUGGCUCUGGAGAAUCUUAUCAUUAAUGUUCCACAUCACAGAACAGGGAAGAGCAAUAGUCUUGAGCUGACUCCCUCCAGUACACCCCAGCUGUCUCCUGCGACUACUCCAGCCAAUAAAAAAAAUCGACUGCAAAUAGGACAACAAUUAGCAUCCAUUACUGCCUGGGAUACUUCAGCUACAAAUCUGACUGCUCACAUUCCUCUUGUAGCUCCUUUUGCUGGAAGAAAUAGAACGCGGACAAACGAAGCAAAGGAACACUUGGAACAUGAAAAUGCAAUACAAGAGACCUUGCAGGAGGUGCAGCCUGAAGAAGUAUUGGUCAUUUCACUGGGCAUUGCUUCACAGAUGACACCAGGGAUGAUGUCUGAAAAUGAGGUGUUGAGCAUGCAGCUCGCCGAGAGUGGGCAGGGCGAAGUACCUGUAGAGGAUGGAAAACUCCAUGGCAAACCAGAUAAAACUCUGCGCUUUUCUCUAUGCAGCGAUAAUAUGGAGGGAAUAUCAGAAGGACCUUCAAACCGUUCAAACUCUGUGUCCUCACUGGACCUGGAAGGAGAAUCAGUCUCUGAACUUGGAGCAGGACCCUCUGGAAGUAAUGGUGUUGAAGCUUUGCAACUGUUAGAACAUGAACAAGCCACCACCCAAGACAAUCUGGAUGACAAACUCCGUAAAUUUGAAAUUAGAGACAUGAUGGGGCUGACAGAUGACAGGGACAUUUCGGAAACUGUGAGUGAGACUUGGAGCACAGAUGUCCUGGGAAGUGAUUUUGAUCCAAACAUUGAUGAAGAUAGACUACAAGAUAUUGCAGGUGCAGCAGCAGAGAGUAUGCUGGGUAGUUUGCUAGGAUUACCAGGUUCAAGUUCAGUGCUACUAGAUCCCUGCACUGGGUCACAAUCUCUGAGAACGACCAGUGAGGCCUGGAGUGUGGAAGUUCUGCCAAGCGACUCGGAAGCUACAGAUCUGAAGCAGGAGGAACGACUGCAGGAGCUGGAAAGUUGCUCUGGACUUGGGAGCACAUCUGAUGAUACAGAUGUGAGAGAAGUGAGCUCAAGGCCCAGUACUCCUGGACUCAGUGUUGUAUCAGGCAUCAGUGUUACCUCAGAAGACAUACCCAACAAGGUGGAGGAUAUACGAUCAGAAUGCAGCUCUGAUUUUGGAGGAAAGGAUUCUGUAACAAGUCCUGAUGUGGAGGAAAUUGUGCAAGUUGGACAUCAGAUGACUUCUUCACUUUCCCAGACAGACACAUUGCUUGCAAUGUUUGAUCCGCUGUCUUCAGAUGCUUCAACCAUACCAUCAAUAGUCAGGCCUAAAGUGCACUAUGCAAGACCAUCACACCCACCACCGGAUCCUCCGAUAUUAGAAGGUGCUAUAGGGGGCAGUGAUGCCCGAUUGCCACCGUUUGGGUCACACAUUUGCUGCCAAACUGAAGCCGAGCUGCUUAAACAGCGCCAUUCCUUUCCAGAAAGGCUAGUACGCAGCAGGAGCUCUGAUGUUGUUUUGGCAUCUCGAAGACCAAUGAGUGAUCCUGGGUGGAAUAUUCCAGGUAGCAGAAGGGCAGCAAAUGAAGAGCUAUUUGCAUCAGGGGCAGUGACUGGAAUCUGUGGACCAACUUCAUCUCCAAGCAAAGACUCCCUGGGAGAGGAUAGAAAGGACAGUGAUGAUGAGAAAUCGGAUCGUAGCAAAUCCUGGUGGAAGAAGCGAUUUGUGUCUGCUAUUCCUAAAGCUCCCAUUUCCUUCAGGAAGAAAGAUAAACAAGAAAAAGACAGAGAAGAUGGUGCACAGGAAAGGUUUCAGGCCAUGCAAGGUUGGCUGAUCCUACCUUACAUAAAGAAUGAUGAACCAAUUCCCAGGUUGAAUGCACAAGCCCAGGCUGCUGAGGAUAUUCUGGAUAAAUACAGAAGUGCUAUUAAACGGUCCAGUCCUAGUGAAGCAGUUGCAAAUGAUGAGGUUACAGAGGUUAUCGGAGAUGAUAGCGUGCAUGACUCGCCACGUGAUGAAACUCUUCAGAACCUUUCAGCGGAUGAUCUGCCAGACUCGGCCAGUCAGACUGCCCAGACUCAAGACUCUACGUUCUCCUUUAGGGAUGCAAAGAAGAAAUUGCGAAUGGCUCUGUGUUCAGCUGACUCAAUUGCCUUCCCUUUGGUGAGCCAUUCAGCAACAAGAAAUGGCCCUCCUGGAGGACCAGAUCAAGGAGAAUCUGAGGAUAAUGAGAUUGUCUGUUUUCUCAAAGUUCAGCUGGCUGAAGCCAUCAAUUUACAGGAUAAACACUUGAUGGCACAGAUCCAGGAAACCAUGCGCUGCGUUAGCAGAUUUGACAACAGGACCUGUCGCAAGUUGCUUGCUGCCAUUGCUGAGGACUAUAGAAAACGAGCUCCAUAUAUUGCUUAUUUGACACGAUGUCGUCAGGGGCUCCAGACUACACAAGCCCACCUUGAAAGGCUCUUGCAGAGGGUGCUGAGAGAUAAAGAAGUUGCCAACAGAUAUUUCACAACAGUUUGCGUGAGACUAUUGCUUGAAAGUAGGGAGAAGCAUAUUCUGGAAUUUAUUAAAGACUUUCAGAACCUCACUGCAGCAGAUGACAAAACGGCUUUGGUAGAAGAAUUCUUGCAGUCGUUGUAUGGAGCUAUGGCACAGGAUGUUAUCUGGCAGAACGCCAGUGAGGAACAGCUCCAGGAUGCACAGAUGGCAAUUGAGCGUAGUGUCAUGAACCGCAUUUUCAAACUUGCCUUCUACCCCAAUCAGGAUGGUGAUAUUUUACGUGACCAGCUCUUCUAUGAGCACAUUCAGCGUCUCUGUAAAGUCGUCAGUGCAAAUCAUCGGGCACUUCAAAUUCCAGAGGUGUAUUUGAAAGAGGCUCCAUGGCCAUCUGCACAGUCAGAGGUUCGAACAAUCAAUGCGUACAAGACCCCAAGAGAUAAGGUUCAGUGUAUCCUGCGAAUGUGCUCCACCAUAAUGAAUCUGUUAAGCCUAGCCAAUGAGGACUCAGUCCCUGGGGCAGAUGACUUUGUUCCUGUUCUUGUGUUUGUCCUCAUCAAGGCUAACCCACCCUGCCUGCUGUCCACUGUUCAGUACAUCAAUAAUUUCUAUGCCAGCCGGCUCAGUGGAGAGGAAUCCUAUUGGUGGAUGCAGUUCACAGCAGCAGUUGAAUUCAUUAAAACCAUUGAUGAUCGCAAGUGAUGCAGAACACCACCUGCAUGACAGACUGUUAGGAAAAGUGAAAAGAUUUGCACCAACUGUUUGUGGGAGGGGAGCUGAAGACUGAAUCUUCUCCUCUUGUAUAAUACAUGUACAUAGUGUGGAGACAUUUAAAUGAAAAAGAACAACUAGAUUCAGUGGAUCUUUACCAAAAUUAACAAUCAGAUUUACUAACAGGUCUUUAUAUUACUGUCAGCAAUGCGAAAAGGGACCACACUUUUUCAGGUAUUUCAGAAUUUGAAACUGUACUGUAAGCAAAUGACACCCUUUCCCUUCUGUUAUUCUGGUCUGCAUGAAUUCUCAACUGAGGCCUUAAACAAGUGUUGAUUUGAUUUCAUUUCAUUUACCAUGCCCACCCCAACCCCACAACAAUUUUAUAAAAGAAUCAGCAAAUCAGCAACUUGUGGCUUAAUGUUCUUUUUCAUGAGGAGGUGGUUCUUUCCCUAGAGUAUCCAGUCCAAACUUUCAGGGAAACUUGCAUUUGACUGAACAAAUUAAGUUUCCUUGAAAGUAUUACACUGCAGAAAUGCAACAUGCCUGAACUGGAGGUAAAGAACCAACAGGUCUCAUUUUAUCUGAAGAAGUCACCUUUUUGCGUUGCUUCAAAAUGUUUUUGGGCCUUCCAAUAAAUUAUUUCCAAAGUCUGGGCUUUUCUUUAAGCAAGCUGAUAUACCUGACAUUGUAACCUUUAUUGGCAUCUGUUUUAAGUGUUAACAUUUAGCCAACCUGUUAGUAAAGCAGCAUAGGACUCUACUGUUUUGUUGCUGGGGUCUUUAUAAACCUAAAUCACAUAAAGAUGCUUUUUUGGAGGUAAUUUUACAAGGUUGUCUGUUUCACGGUUUGAGGAAGAGCAAAAUCUAAGUGCUGGUUCUCAGUAUUUGCAGUUCUUAAACGAGUUUCCUUAUUGUGUGGCAAAUCGUAGAUCCAGAGACAAAAAUGAAUCUGAGACUCUGGCCUCUGAAUAAGGGAUCCAGUUUUAGUCAGGGAGUACAGAGGCUGCUCUCCCACAGUCCAAACUCAGCAAGGUAUGUAGUAAAAGGAACAAUGAAAUGUUGAACUCUCACCUGCAAUUGAAUUUCAACCUUGACUGCUAUUUGAACUCCCUUUAUCCUCAUGAAGGUUUUUUCCCUCUGUGUAAUCGACUGGGGUGCAAGGACCAUUCAUGUCUCGCAAAAGCACACCUCUUCAUCUCAUGGAGUACAUGAGGAAAUUUGCAACCAUGACUGCCGUGGCUGAGAGAGAUGAAAAUUUGAGUGGAAGACCAGCAAAAAUCACUUCAAUCCCUUACAGCAGCUGAGACUUCCAGUUGACAGCAGUGCCUUUGUCGACAGUGAGAGUUAACAUUUAACGGCCAACGUGAAUGGACAGCCAUACAUGACUUGAGCUUGCUGCACCUUUACAAAGCCGGUUUUAAUAAAUAGAGUCAGAAGGCAUUGGGACUUGGCUUGUCCAGAACAAUUUCCAGAUCAAACUUCAAAACUGCAGUGAGUCAGAUGUUGAUUGUUAGGAUAUAUAAAUGGCAAGGUAUGAUAAGAAUUUAAAUUAUUGCAUUUUAGGUUGCAUUAUAAAUGGCUCACAUGGUAGGAUUAAAUAAUGGCAGCUCCAAUAAGUUAAGACUGAUUUGUUGUUUUAUUUCUUAUAUAUAAAAAAGGGAUCAUUACUCAAUGGGUGGAUGAAUAGUAAUAUUAAUGUAAGUUCAUCUGAUUUUGCAUAUUUUUAGAAAAUAAAGUAACUUAAGAGAAGGUGGUCUCCAUUGUGCUGAUCCAAAACCAGCCUAAUAUAAACCUGCCAUCAUAUCAGGUCCACAGGCCAGCAAAGACCUUGGAUGCUUAUGUGAGUCUGUCCAUUGCCGGCUGUUGUGAAUUAUAGAAUGGCAUCCUUCCUACUCUUGGAUACCUGUCCUCACUUGAGACUUGUUCCUAGCACAUCUGCAAUGAUACCGUUUGAGUCUGGGUCAAGGAUCUGGAAUGGUGAAUACCGUGGGGAUAGGCUGUUUCAUACCUCAACAUAUCUGCUCCCAAGGAGGAAAGACCUAAAGAGUAAGUACUUUCCCUCCAACCCUUACAACUCACCAUUUUCUUAGACUGAAAAUGUUGGACUCCACCACGCUUAAUUGUUAAUUAUCUGAAUUGGGGGGGAGGGGGGGUGGAAUUGCAAAAUCUAUACACGUUCUAACUGUAUGUAUAUUCGAUGUGGGAAUAGAUAUUUUAGUGUGUCAGUCUGGAGUAAAGGAUCUUUAUUAUAUUUCAAACAACAUCCUGAAUAUUCAGCAUUAUAGUCUUGAAGAAAUGGAACGCUUCAUAUCAACACAACUAGGAUCCGUGUGACAAAAUCUUAGCUAGCUCCUACAAUCUUUUUUUAAAUCUUUGCAAUAAAAAGAAAUUCCUGGAAUGAAUCUUAAUGUGCAUCUGCACACUUUAGUUAACCAGUUGACAUGUCGGAAGAUUUGAUGCUGGAUAUAGUCAACGGUAUUAAAGCCAUAUACCUGAGUGAUUUAAGAAAAAAUGAAACAAAGUCUAUUCACCUGAUUAUAGCCAUGAGUUAUUCAUUUUUCUCUGCUUAUUACAAGAAAAACGUUCAGCCAACCCUACAGUCAGGUAAUCACUGUUCAAGUUGAGUUGAAAUGACUUACCAAAAACAAGUUCUAUCUUUAUUUUUAUUUGGUGUAAUUAAGUUUGCGUGUUAAGUGUCUAGCUAUAAUGUACUAGUUAACACUAAUCGAAGGCUACGUGAUCAAAUGACAUUUCUGAAUAUUUCUAAUCUUGGGUUACGCAUUUGGGAAUCUGAAUUCCUGACACUGGUGCAGAACUCAGCCUGAUGGUGUUAGAAAACUGGAAAAAGUAAUUUAUGUAUACUUCCAGCUGUGGAGUAUUAAUGCAGUUGGUAUUAUAUGUAGGCAUGAGGUGUCUGAAUUGAUAACCUGAGCAAAAUUGCUAGCAGUACCUAAUUUGGUGCAAAAAUGCUUUACAGAUCAGUUAAUUGGAGAAACUGGGAUGCAGAAGGGAAUAGCUUCUCUCAAAAACAAGCUCCUUUUGGCUUAGUCAGUGUUACUUUUCCCUGGUGUUGCAGACCAUAGUCUCAGCAUCAUUGGGGUACACUGCAGGAUAGUGCAUGGAUUAUGUAUUGUCAUGCUGGGUUCUUAAUGGGUAUAGAGGGAUGGUGCAGUUGAAGGGGUGCUUGCUUCCACUAAAGACUAAUUGGCUGAAACAAUAAUGUGUUUUGCAGUUGCACUUUGAAAUAAUUUUAAGACAUUAAUAUGUUUUUGUUUUCCUCACCGUAAAGAAACUUUGAGGAAAGAAAUUUAAGUAUAAACAAUGGUGUUUAGGGAUUGGAAUUUAUUUAUUUUACAGUUAAACUUUAUGAAAACUGAAUUGUCAACUAUUUAUUUUUAAUGUGCUUUCUCUGUGGGUUCAUCCUAAGUUGCCUUUUGUGUUUUAAAUUUUGAAGUACGGUCUUAAAGAUUUGAAGCCUUUCACAUCAUUUGCUUAGACAACUUGUAUAUGAGUCAUUAAUUGUAUCCAUGGAGAUUUUGAAAUGUAUGGAAGCUACCACUUACAUAUAACGUAAAUUAUUUGAAAAAAAAAUUGCAACUGCUUUUAAUCAAACACAAUCUUUUACUGACAAGCAUAUAGACCCAGAAAAUACAUAAGUGAGGACCAAACAUAUCAUCAUAUCAUUAAUGUUCUGAAACAUCAGGAAUGGACAAAUGAUUUUCUGCAGUUAGCAGCUAGGAACUUAGAAGGGACUGUUAUGUUGAGAAGUUAACCUAUGCUAACUAAAUACUGUGUUUUGUUUGUUAACUGCAUCACCUGUAUUACUGCCUCUUUGAAACUGUUAGAGAUUUUACAAAGCUUAAGUUAAUGAGCUUGCACAAUCUUGCACACAGGAAAAAUGUAUACUGUCUUUAAGGAGAUUAAUGUAAUAUAUCAAUCCAUAAUGCUAAUUAAAGGGAGCCGUUU